UCCCUCCCCACCCCUCUCUCGCUUCCAUUACAUUCCCUUGAGAGUUUCUUUGAUCUUCUUUUUUCCUUUUUUUUUUGUCUGUUUCCUUCUGAAACUUGAGAGGGAAUGUUUUAUUUCUCCACCUGAACGUUUUAAACAAUGCAGUUUGGAGAGAUGUUUAGGUGUUUGCUUUUCUUUUCGAUGCUUAUCCAUUCAAGCUUUGCCCAGAAGCUUUCAGAGGGUUCAGGGACUUCAGAUGCUCCUUCAAAGAAAUGGCUGACCCUCAAUGGUAACGAGCCCCUUGUUAUAGCUCGUGGAGGGUUCUCUGGGCUCUUUCCCGAUUCGAGCGAGUUUGCCGUCGACAUGGCAAUGACCUCAAGCAUGGGCGAUGUGGUCUUGUACUGCGAUCUGCAGCUCACAAAGGACGGUCUAGGCGUAUGCCAACCUGAUGUCAGGCUCGACAAUACCACCAACAUAGCAAUGGUGUAUCCACAGGGAGAGAAGACCUACAAAGUUAAUGGACAAGACUUGAAGGGCUGGUUCACUGUGGAUUACACGUCCGACGAGCUAUUCAACAAUGUCACAUUGGUUCAGAAUGUUCUGUCCAGGCCGAGUUUGUUUGAUGGCGCACUGUCGAUUCAAUCCGUCGACGAUAUAGUUGGACGCAAAAGUGUCAAGCUACUUUGGCUAAAUGUUCAGUAUGAUGGAUUCUACAAUGAACACAAACACAGUCCAGCAUCCUACGUGCAGAAAGUUGUGAGGUACUAUCCUCUUGAUUACCUAUCAUCUCCAGAGAUUGGUUUCUUGAAGGCUAUGCAAGGAAAAGUCAAUAAGGCAAGGACGAAGCUCAUAUUCCGAUUUCUGGCCACGGAUGCAGUUGAACCAUCCACCAAGCAAACAUACGGUUCAAUACUGAAAGACCUUGAGUCGAUCAAGUCCUUUGCAUCUGGAAUACUUGUUCCAAAGGAAUACAUAUUGCCAGUUGGUACAAACAAAUAUCUGGAAGCCCCCACCAGUCUUGUGGCGGAUGCUCAUAAACUGGGCCUUGAAGUAUACGCUUCAGGUUUUGCAAAUGAUUAUCCAGCAAGUUUCAACUAUAGCUAUGACCCCACAUCAGAAUACCUGCAGUUCAUCGAUAACUCUGAGUUUUCUGUUGACGGGGUGCUUACAGAUUUCCCUCCAACAGCUUCAGAAACCAUUGCAUGUUUUACCCAGAACAACAAUGCUAGCAAGCCUGUCAAAGGGAAAGCUUUAAUCAUAUCUCAUAACGGCGCAAGUGGAAAUUAUCCGGGGUGCACUGAUCUAGCAUACCAGCAAGCAAUAGAUGAUGGUGCUGACAUCAUCGACUGCUCAGUGCAAAUGUCAAAAGAUGGAGUUGCCUUCUGCUUGGAUUCUGCAGACCUCUCAGGAGAUACCACUGCAAUGCCCACUUUCAUGUCUCGAUCAAUCGUUAUCCCUGAGAUCCAACAAGACAGCGGAAUCUUUUCCUUUGAUCUUACAUGGAGCGAAAUCCAGAGUUUAAAGCCUCAACUUGUCAGCCCUUUUGGUAGUGAUGUUGGCUUCCUGAGAGAUCCAGCAAAUAAGAACAAAGGCAAAUUUGUCACUCUUUCAGAAUUUCUGGAGCUUGCAAAGUCAAAGGCAGUAUCAGGUGUUCUGAUAAAUAUAGAGAAUGCUGCUUACCUAGCAUCAAAGAAGGGUCUUGGUAUAGUAGACGCUGUUUCCAAAGCCUUGAGCAAUGCCACGUUCGACAAACAAUCCACACAACAAGUCUUGAUCCAAUCCGAUGACAGCUCCGUAUUAUCACAGUUCAAGAAUGUCUCGACCUACAAAAGAGUGUUGACAAUUGAAGAGAAAAUAAGCGAUGCACCAAAGCAGCCAGUAGAAGAGAUAAAAAAGUACGCUGACGCAGUCACCAUCACGAGGCCCUCCAUCAUGCCAAUUUCAAACAGCUUCCUCAUGGGCAAUACAAGUGUUCUUGACGAAAUGCACGCAGCAAAUAUCUCAGUAUAUCUCUCUGUUUUGAGGAACGAGUACAUUUCACUCGCAUUCGAUUAUUUUGCGGAUCCUAUUCUGGAGCUGGCUACUUAUGUAGCAGGAUUUGGAGUUGAUGGGAUCAUCACUGAAUACCCGGCAACAGCCAACAAAUACAUGAGAAGCCCAUGUUUUGAUUUGAAUGCCGAGCAAGCCAUCUUACCAGUUCAGCCUGGUUCUCUUGUUAGCAUUAUCCAAGGAGCCGAGCCACCGGCAGAAGCUCCUGCUCCAAUUCUCGAAGUCGCAGACAUCGUGGACCCACCUCUACCUCCUGUAGCCGUCGAUCUAUCCGUGAACUCACCACCUGCACCUGCACCUGAUGCCAAGGACUCCAGUGCGCUAAAAAUAGUUGCUGAUUUGGGUCUCUCUCUAGCGGCUGUUGGAGCACUCAAUUUACUCUUUUAAAAGAAACGAACAGAAGGAGCUGUCCAAUGGAUCUGCAGGUCAUCUUUCCUCUCUCAUGUUUCACUUAGCUUACUCUCUUUCUCUUGAUUCAUUUCAGUUUGUAAUAUAGUAAAGAAAUCUGCCAUUGACUAU